GUUAAAUGUCAAAAUAUUAAAAAAUAUAUAUAUUUUAAUAUAGAAGAGAAAAAAAUUUUAUUCAAAAAAAAAUUCAAAAUUUUUUUUAUUUUACAAAAAUUUACACAAAAUUAAACAACUUCAUUUAAUAUUCCUGCGUUAUUUCUCUGUUACUUCUCAUUGUUGUUGUAUAAAUUAUGGUGAUUAUUUUAUCAGUGUUUUUAUUGUUGCAUUUUUACAUUAAUAUUCCUUGUUGAGAAAAAAAAAAGAGUGUAAAAAAUAACAAAAAAGAAAAACAAUAUAUAAAUAAAAAAAAGUUACACACCCUCAACACAUUAUUAUUAUUAUUAUUGUUGUUUAAUAAUAUUUAUAAGAAAAAGUAAAGAAAGAAGAAAUUUCUUUUAUGAAAACAAAAGUUGUUGAAAAUUUCACACAUUAAAAAAGAGAUCAGAAAAAAUUUUAAUAACAAACAAAAAUUGAUUGAUCCCCAGCAACCACUUUUUUCAUCUUAAAAUUUUAUAAUUUUUAAACGAACCCCUCUCUCUUUUGCAAUCUAUCACUCAAUGUGUUAUUUGCUCCCCUUAAUACUAGUGGCAAAUUAGUGUUCUUGCUCUUAAAAAAAAAAAAAAUUCUGAGAAGUGUUGAUAAUAAACCCUCAUCAUUUUCUGUUUUUCUGGUAUAAACCAAAACAAAAACUACAACAAAUGUGGAUUAAUAACAAUUAAAGCAUCCAUUGAUGAACGUUUUCAACACUAACAGCAAAAAUUUACCCGCAGAAGCCAAGAAAUAAGAACCACGUGAUAUGAAAUAUUUUAUGGUUCAAUUGUUCAAUUUCAUUGUGACUGACUGCUCAUAACAUUCAGAAUACACAAUAGUCAACAAAACUAUAUUAAUGGGUUUUGAACCGGAUUUUAAUGAACAAAUCAUAGCAAACACGCUAAACAUCCACAACACUGUAGUUAACACAUACAUUUUUAAUGUCCGCAAAACAUCAAAAAUCGCAAAAAGCUGUGUUUAAAAAUCCAAAAGCAAAUAAACAGUAACAGAUUCAGUUUACAAGCAUAAAUCGAACACAAAAAAAAUAUUGCAAAAAAAAAAAAAAAUAAAACAGUGUAAAUACAAAAGGAAAAACUUAAAACCCCAUAACUAGUAAAUAAAAAAAGUCAAAAUGAAUUUUACACCCACAAUAUUUAUAGUAAAGCUACUGGCGGCCAUGCAAGUGUUAAUGACACUUGAUAUGCCCUUGAGCACAACGAUGGCAUUGCCUGUUACAUCGAAGCCCAUCGAAAGUACAGUGGAAAAUUUGGCAUGGCAGGCCUGGAUUGAAUUACCACCGGAACAAAAACAACAAGUGAAAUCACGUAAAGUUACACCAAAAUCAAUAUUUACUUUGCCAUUACGAGUGGAGUGUCCGGAGGGACACAAACAGGUGGAUACUAAAUGUAUACCCAUCGUUAUUGGUUCCAAUGAUGUAUUGAUCGAUUUGAAUGCAUUGGGUCUGUUGGUGGGAAAUACACAAACCGAUGAACUCUACGAUUACGAUGAUAUGGGAGAAGAAAUGGGUAGCUCUCUGCCGUAUGGUAGUGAAAUGCCAAUGGGGGAAGCGGAAAAAUCUGUAGAAGGCAUAACGGUUGAAUUGAAGCCACCCUCGAAAGAUGAACCUUUAAAAUUUAAUAUAUUUGAAAAUAAGUUCAAUAUAUUUCAUGAAGAACCAUUGGAAGACUAUUCAUCGAUAUCAAAUGAGGGCGUACAAAGCUCGGAAAAGGAGCAAAAUGUUACCUUGACUACUCCCCAGGCAACGAACAAAACUACUGUUGCUCAAGCCAACAUAACUGACAUUAAUGAUUUGGUUAGUGAAGCCUCAAAUAUCUCGGAAAAUAGUUUUGAAAUUUACAUGCAGCGCGAAAAGAGCUCCACUUCCUCCACUGAUAAUGUAGCUGAAGAAAGUUAUACUUUGACAACUUUGGCAGAUGAUCCAGAUUUUAGAAUCGAAGCCAUUUCUUUGCCAGCUGCUGGUUUUGAAGUGCUAAAACCCAAUAAGUUGUCAAUAAUACAAAAUGAUAGUUCCGUACAACUGGUCACUUCUAUAAUGGAUACAGACAGGACAACAAGCAAAGAUGAUCAUGACAAACAUGUGGAAAAUGAUUUGCAGACAUUAUUACAAACUGAAUCAUUUUUGCCCAUGUUGCAACAGGCUACUGCAACAACAUUGCAAGACACGAAUGUGGCUACAGCUGAAAGUUCUUCACUUACUACAAUUUCUGCUCAAGAACCUAGUGAAAGUUCUCUAGACACUCUUAGCCUCAAUGUGGAUAAUGAAGAAAUGACCACUUUACCCAAUGUAAUGGAACAAGAUGGGGAAGUGAAGGAUAAACAGGAAUACACAAGAAGUGUUACCAUAAAUCCCUUAAUGAUUGAUGACAGUGAUGCUGAUGAUAAUGGCAAUAAUGAUGAGGUUAAAGAUACAACCUUGGAAUCCGUAACGAAUGAUGAACCUUUAGAAACCACAACACCAAUACAAUUGGAUGACACAACUAUAAUUGAAACAUCUUCGUCUUUGUCUACCACUCCAGCAACACAAGUAGAACUUAAAGAAUUGCUGUUGCAACAAGAACAAGCUCAAAAGGAUUUUGAAGAAUUACAGCGAAUGCGCAAAGGCCAAAAAGAUCAACAACAUGUUGUGUUGAAGAAAUCGAAAGUAGAACCGGUUAAGGUGUUGUCCACAACAACAGAAGCAGCAACUACAACAACAACUGCUACCAACCUGCCAACUGAAACCGAAACAAAAACACAAGAUGAAUUUGUAACAAAAACAGCAGAAACAGCAAUGACACCGUUACUUACUGUCCAUAAUGAAAACGAUAAUAAUGACCGGUUUUACUAUCAACACUUUGCCAAACAAGACAGCGAAGAACUACAGAGCUCUGGCAGUGUAACAACAACGAUGGCGACAGCAUCGGCGGAAGCAGCAGCAACUAAGGCUACAGAAAUUGAAACAAUUCCAUUAUCAAGUGAAAUUGAUCUGGCCGAAGAAUUACGUUUAAUUAACGAGUUAGUGAAGGGCAUACGACCAGCUACCACCUUAACAACAAUCAAAUCAAUGCAAGCAACAACUACAACAACAACCGAAAACCCCACAACAAAAACAACAAUCAAAACAACAUUGCCUGAUAAAAUUCAAUCAAGUACCUCCCCUGUUUCUUUGAGUGAAAGUUCAACAAUUGCAACUAAACCUACUCCAUCAACUUUACAAAUAUGGUCAAAAAUAAUGCCACUAUUAACACCAACAACAUCAACAACUCCCAAAAGUUCUUCACAAGAAAAUUUGAAAACAACGACAGAAAGCUCUACAUUAAGUACACAAGAAGUUUCGAAUGAUAUACAAAUAAGUGAACCAACGUCUUCCUCUUCUAUGCGCAGCAAUAGAAAUAGUAAAAUCAUUAGAAUAAAUGGUUUUAAUAGUAUAUCAACUGGAAAAGCCUCUACCACUUCGACAUCCACAACAACAGAAGAAACAACAACAAUUGAAGAUUCUUCCGCCAGCAGUAAAAGUGAAAAUCUAGAAUCUUCUACUGAGAAUAACACUUAUCAACCCUACUGGUGGCUGCCGGUGGCCUGGCGUUUAGAUAAACCUAUAAGCAGUGAAAAACAACUGGAAGAAGAACAAGAGGUAAAGUCCGAAGAACAACCUUUAUUAUUACGAUUUUGGUCAGCAUAUCAUGCUCCCAAAUCAAGUUAAACUCUAGUUUGAAUUGUGUUUUUUAGUAUAAAUGUUUGUAGGAAAAACUAAAAAAAAACGCCUCAAAAGUAUUAAAUAAAAAACUUUAAAGUUUUAUUUAGUCAAUGAUGGGUGAAAAAGGUUUUAAAGCUUUCCGGUCCAGAUAUACUAUUUAAAAUAUUCUGUUGUCAGCAUCAUUGAAACGUUAACAAGAAAGUAUUAACGUUUUUUAAUCGACUGCAAAGUAUGAUUUAACGUUUGUGUGACACUGAACAGCUUUGAAAAGCUUUUGUCGAUUUAUAUAAGUGGCUUUUAAAAAAUUAAAAAAACAAAUUCUUUUCAAUAUUUUUGGUAAUGUUUUCAAAAAUUUUGUAAAAGUUAUAAUAAACGGUUGUUUUGUCUUUCUUAGGUUGAAGCUAAACUUAAAACUUUAAUUAACGUAAACAGUGGUUAUUUGUAAGUUUCCUCAAGAAAGAGCUUAAAGGUUUUUAAUGCAAAAGCUUUUAAACAGUAUUAACUUAAUGGCAGAAUAUGAAGUUUUGUCUUAUUUUGAGCAUUAAGUAAAAAUAUUUGGUUUUACUGUUAUGUUGAACAUUUUUGAAGUUGUGGCUGUUUUAUAUUUAUAAAAUUCAGCAUUUUGUAUGCAAGGAUAGAUUUUCACUUAUUAUUUUCAUAGUUUUUUUCUUUAUAUUCAACUUUGUUGUGAUUUAUAAAAGCUUUCAUUAUAAACUUAACUGUUUAUUAUUUCAAAAGCUUAAAAAAGAUUGUAAUAUUUUGAUAUUUAGGAAUUAUUGAAUAUAAUUGAGUUGUCUCUUAACAACUGGAAAGUCAAACUUGAUUUAUAAUGUUAGUUUUGAAAUUAUUAGAUAAAAUAAAAGCUUAAUUAUCUCAUACAAAUUUAACUCAAUUUUUUAACUUAAAUUUAUUAUUCUGUAUUUAAAUUUAUCCUCGCAACAAUCUUUUUAUUAAAAAAAACUUUAAAUCAAAGCAAAUAAAUUUUCUAUUAAUAUCCCGAAACUCUUAAAGCUUUUAAUCUUUGAUCCCAUCAUCAAAUGCCGUCAUAUACAUAUUUAAAUGCAUACCUUUAAAUUAUCGAUAUUAUAUUUACUAAUGAGAUUUUUUUUAAGAUUUAUGCAUUUUUUCUAAAACUCAUCCCACAAAUUACAACAGGAAGUUAAAGAAAACUUAAACAAUUUUUUUAUUACAAUUUGUUAUAAUAUUUGUGUUAAUAAUAAUUUUAAGUUGUUGUUGUUUGUACAUAUAAUUUGUUUGAUAAAAUGUUAGAAGAACAGAGGAGAACAUAAAAAUCGUAAAAGGGUUACACUAAAUACGUGAGACCAGUAGCAAUAUUUACUUGUGAUUUACAUAAAAACCUUAAAUAAAUAAAAACAAAAAUAUUUAAAAAUUUUAAUCCCAAAUAUUAUUAAAUAAGUAUUUAUACGAAAAUAAUCAAUAUUAAGUGUAAAAAGUAUAAUAUUUUCAUAUAAUUGUCUUUAUUAGAGUGUAGUUAAAACAUAAAUAAAUGUAAACAUUAUUUUGUAGUUUGUAAAAAUAUUUAUCAUAUUAUUUUAUAAUUUUUUUAAGUACCUUUUAUAAUCAAUGUUUUAUGUACAAAAAUUUAUAGCUUAUUAAUUAAGUCACCUCAUUUAUAAAUAUUUUUUGUAAUAUUAAAAUUUCAAUAAUAAU